AUGCUGUCCGCGAGUCAAGAACGGUUAUUGGCCGAGGUUUUAGAGAUCACAAAUAUGCAUGAGGACGUUUCUUCAGCAAUAUCAUUACUUCAAAGUGCCAAUUGGGAUGUCGAGAGUGCAUUAAACGCAUAUUUUGGUGAGACCUUGGGAAGCUCAGCAAACGCCCACAACGCGAGGGCCCAUGUUACUCUCGUCGAAGACUUGAAUCAAGAUCUAACUACCAACCAAGCGCCUCAAAAUGUUGCUGGCCCCUCAGUGCAAUCUGUGGGCGAGGGCUCUACACUUUUAUUGUUGUUGAGGCCUUUCCGGUUUGGAUUCAAAAUGAUAGGAGGGCUUCUGCGUUUGGCCACCUGGAUAUUUCCUUUUUUCCCGAAAUUUUUUGGAUACUCAUUGGCUACCUCUACUGAAAUUAGCAUUGGGCCUAAAGAGAGAGCCCGCGAGCACCUUGCCUGGUUCAAUCACUUAUUUGAUAGUGCACUUCAGUUUUUCGAAGGUAGCUACCUGGACGCGUUAUCCCAAUGUAAGGCUGAGCUUCGUUAUCUGCUUGUUAUCAUCACAAGUCCUGAUCAUGAAGACAUGGCGUCCUUCGGAUCUGCUGUUGCUGAUCCAAAAUUGUCGGACUAUGUCGUCCAAAACGAUAUUGUAGUUUGGGCAGGGUCUGUUCGUGAAAGUGAGGGAUACCAACUUGCAAAUGCGUUGGACGCUACGUCGUUUCCGUUCAUAACCCUGAUCGCCCCAUGUCCCAAAACCCCACAAAGCAAUACCGUUGUUAUGACUAGCCUCUACAAAAAAGCGGGAUUUGACAAUUUCACGCCUGAAAAUAUCGCUCGAAAACUAGAUGAGGUAACAGAUGAGCAUGGCCCUAAACUCUUGGCACUAAGAUUAGAGCGCCGCCAACAAGAGCUUUCCCGCGAGAUCAGAUCCGAACAGGAUGCUGCGUACGAAAGAAGCCUUGAACAGGAUAGUGCUCGCGAAGCAGAAAAUGCACAAAGAAGACGAGACAUCGAAGCAGCUGCAGUCGAAAAACAGCUCUAUUCCACCAAAUUAGUUCGUUGGAAGUCCAAAAAGGCUUCAGAGUUUCUCAAAGAGCCAACUGGUGAAACCACACGGGUCUCAUUACGGUUGGCUUCAGGCGAGCGGGUUGUACGAAAAUUUAGUUCUACCGACACUAUUAGAACAAUCUAUGAGUUUGUACUCAGCUUUGGAGCGACACCCGAAGACACCGAUGCUGAUGCGUUCAUACCGAGAUUUGAGUUCGAGUUAGUAUGCCCAAUGCCAAGGAAACUGAUCCCACUAAGUGACAAUCUUGUGAGCGAAGAACCCUCCAUCUGGCCCACUGGCUCCCUAAUAGUGGAGGAAAUGGAUGAUAUGUCAGAAUAA